GGACACAGCGCAAAAGACUGUCGUUACAGACUUGUUUGUGAAAUGUGUAAGAAAAAACACCCUACAUGUCUGCACGACUUCAACUAUGGCAAUGAUAAAUCACCCACUAAUGGAAUUCAAACCAGCACAGAACAGGCUGCAACAACCCUCUCUCUCAAUGCAGAAACCAACGAACAAUGUGUAAGUACUUCCAUGAUCGUACCAGUGUGGGUUUCAUCAGAUCAACAACCAGGUAAAGAACGGCUUGUUUAUGCACUUUUAGACACCCAGAGUGACACAGUGUUCAUUGACCAAGAUGUGUCUAAGCAUCUCAAAGCUACUUCUACACCAAUAAGGUUAAGGCUCACUACAAUGCUUGGUAAAGAUGCUGUUGUGCAAAGUGAACGUGUCUCAGGUCUCAAGGUGAGAGGCUACAACUCCUCAGAAAUAUUCGAACUCCCUCCUGCUUACACUAAAGACUGUAUACCAGUUAACCGUUCUCACAUUCCUUCUUGU